GUUUGGAGGGUGAGUGUCACGGCCCUAUGCAGACGGGGGGUUGGGUAGCAGUGCCGAUUGGUUGCUGCUCACCAACACAGUCAGUCUGGGCUUGUUUUAACAUAACCGGGGGCACUUCGACAGCAGGCAAAAAAUCAUGUAGUAAAUAAGCUGCUGUGGCUGCUAGGGGACCGGUUAUGGCACACUGAAUUUCGCCGCUGUAUGAUGUUGCAGCGUAAUGGAGAUUUACUUGUUAUUUCGUAUUUAAGGUGACAGUUUUUAGGGGGCCGCCGCUGAUGAGGCGAUGAAGUGCAGAGAAUGAGAGCUGUGCCUUGGCCUACUGCUAGUGCUGCUGCAGCUGGGAUUGUGCAGAUCCGCUUUUACAAACCGAGAAAAAUAUUCGCUUUGUGCCACAUUAUCAAACAUCCGCUGUUGGUUUCUCUGUGGCCGAUUUCCAAAUGGAUAUAACCAUGACAACAUGAAUCAGUCAUACAGACCGGCUGUUAGGGGAGGCUCAGUGUUUGGCUCAGGCCAGCCAGAGCGGAGGCCCCGCAAUGGUCUUAUGGGCACUUCCUAUGGAAACCAAUGUGGCAUUGUGAGACCUGGGUCAGACCAACCGUCAGCCGUGCAACAGCCAUCCUCUAGCCUCAAACAUCCAUCUGUACUGGGGUACAGUCAGCCAGACCGAUCUCACUGCUACAGCCCGGUGAAGAGACAGCAGGACCAGAACACUGUGGUCAACAGGCCUGACCUAGAAAGGGACCUCCAUCCUAGGAACCACUUGCACUGUGCAAGCCCAAUCAGUGAUGAUGGUGAGUUUGAGGCACCGUCAGUCCAGCUGCCUCCUUCUCCAAGCAAUGAGGAUAUGGAUCCCUUUGAGACUCUGCAGGACGUGAACAGAAAUGGCUUCUCCCCUCACAGUCCUGACAGCAUGGAGCGCUGUUCUCCCAUCCCCAAUGGCUACCUGCAUUUUGAGUCCACGCUGUUUGACAGCAGUGACAUCAAGGAGGAGGAUGAGGACGGGGAGGGCAGUAGUAGUGAGGACAUGGCGCCUUUUCACCACUCGCCAAAGUUGAGUCAGGACCGAACUGUGACUGACAAUAAGACUUCAAGCAGCUCAGGGGUGGAUAAAAGAACAUACAAACCUACUGUCUUUAACCUGAUGUCCAAAACUAUAUCUGAACUCAACCCUACACUAAGCCCCAGCGCACUGCCAGAAAUCACUAUGAGAGAUGGGUGGAGCUUGGGUGAGGAAUCAGACAGUGAUGGUGAACUUACCUCUCCUGUUGACCCUGGACUUAGUUCACCAGCUGGUACCAACUCGAACUCCAACAGCCCAAAGAAAAAGCCUCUUCCUGCAGUAAAAUACAUGGAAGGGGACUUGGUGUGGGCUAAAUUCAACAGACGGCCCUGGUGGCCCUGCCACAUCACCUGUGACCCAGACCAGGCGAUCUACACUAAGAUGAAAGUUCCCAGUCCCCGUCCUUGUCGGAUGUAUUUCCUGGAGACAAUUGGGGAGAUUGUAGAAGGUGCCUGGGUCCCCGGGAAUGCCAUACUUUCUUUUGAAGGAGGCCAUCAGUUUGAAGACCUGCCUGUGCUUAGACGGAGAGGGAAGCAGAAGGAGAAAAACUACAAAUAUACGAUACCCAAAAGUUUACUCACUGCGUGGAAAGUCAGUGUGGCAGAAGCUGAGGUUAUGCUCCCAGAUCGACAAAGGAAUACUGAAAGCGUGCUUUCAAUAUCUGUCAACGGAGAGGAGCGUGUGCCUAGCCCACUCCCUACUGAAAAGCCACAGGAGGCCCCCUCUGUCUCUGUGGAUCCUGGUCGAUCCCCAUCACCCAGUAUGGCCCCUAACGGAAAUAAGCACAAUCUCAUAAAAAACUCUGCUGCAGUUCAAUCCAAUAAGAGCAAAACUUGUAAGAAGAAAAAGAAAUGUUUGUCAGACAUAUUUGGCCAUAUAGUUGGUGGCUCAAAGGAAUUAUCUACCAUCACAAACACAGCGGAUCAGUUUCAUACAACAACUCGUGCACUAAAAGAUGAGCCAAAGGACUCGCCUUAUGCAGACCUGGAUUCAGUUCCAAUACUGCAUCGCCCCAAACGCACAGCCGUGUCUGCAAUACAAGAUAUAGACAGAUUGUUCAGAAAAGAACAGGGUUCAACAAAAGCUAAAACAAAGUUUACUGAAAAAGUGAACCAUUCUACAGAUCCCCGUGAAUCCUCUAGCAUUUUAACAAAUAAAUUGACAUCUAAAGAUACAAAUUCUGAACAGAGUUUGGGCAGCUGUAGUGAAUUGUCGUACAGUUCAACUGAAAAGCACUCUAUGAAUCUUCCUGCCAGCAGUCGUCUGAUGACGAGGGCUCUGAAAGCAGAGGAAGAGACAGAUCUCAAAGAUGCCCUGGCCACAAGCCAAAUCUCAACAAAAGCCCUCACUGAUGAGUGUCUUGACAAUACACCUACUGAUGCACCCAUCAAAACUGAAAGGUCUCCGCACUUGGAAUCACCAAUCACCAUCAGCAAUGCAUCUUCCUCCACAAAUCACAGCUCUCUAAAAAGACGUGCAAGGAAACCUGAUAAGAAACACAUUCGUAAUGGCUCAUUGAUAAAGUCUAAUUGCGUCGAUUCAAGUGCACCCACUGCACAACCGGUUAAGAUCAAGACCGAAAACCCAGAUCUAUCCUCUUGUGCUUCCCCGUCCUCAUCUCUAUCUCCAAUGGAUCCUUUCCAGGAUGUCAAGGAACUAAUGUUUAAAUCUCUUGUGAAGGAGGACAGCAGUGACUCUGAAUUAAUAAAUUUUCGGCCUGAUUCCAAUUAUAAAUUCAGCACCUUCCUGAUGCUCCUGAAGGACAUGCACGAUACCAGACAACAAGAAGGUAAACCCCUGGCUGUCCCGCCAUCGCCAGUCCUCAUCAAGGAGGAACCCCUGGUCAUGCCUACUUCUACAGAAGGAGAUCUGAUGAAGGGUUCUUGUGAUGGUUUAACCAAAGGGAUCAAAACAGAGAAUGGGAGGUCAGGGAAAUCCACAACACCCAAAAACACAGCGGUGAAAGCCAAGAAUAGGACUAAAGCUAUCAUGACAGCUGGCACCUACCAUUGUGAAGACUUUCCUGUUCGCUCUCAGAUCGGGAACUCAGACAAGCAGCGUAGAAAACAAAGGAUACCUGCCAAACUGAAACUCAGCAUUCCUGGCCUUUCUUCGGACCUCGCUGGUUUGGCUUACGGCAGGGAGUUUGUUAGCGGCCACGCUGACUUAGCUGAUCCUGGGUGCUGUCCUCCCGCUGCUGCUGAUCCCUCGGCCAGCUACCUCAAUAAGAACUCAGGAUCCGCAGUGGCUCCAAAGAAGCGCUGGCAGAUGGUUGAUGGGGCUGCUGAGAAUAAGAGCGAAGUUAUGAAUGAGGUGUCUGCUGAGAUGAAUGGGUCUUACACCAUGAGAGCAUCACCAGAUCUUGAUCUGGGAGUUGAGAAGCAGGCAGAGAAUGACUUGCACUUCUCAGAGGCAAGCAGCACAGCUGGACAUUCAGAGAACAAACGUCUCCGGAAACCCACUAAAAGGCUCCUGGAGUCAACUGAGGAUUAUGAACAAAUAUUUAUCCCAAAAAAGAAAUCAAAGAAACACACCUCAGAAUCUUCCAAAAUGCAGACAUCAGGGAUGACAGCACUCUAUGAUCUCAGCACCACACCGGAAAGAAAUACCUCAGCCUCGUCUUCUGUUGAGCCCACCGAGGCUCCGGCAGAGCAGGAACAGAGUCCACCUCAGUGUGAACUUUUUCCCGUAGCAUCCUCAGUAUCUCCAGCCAUAACACAACCCUCCCUUGAUGCAGAGACAGCAGAAGAAACUGAUCCACCUCCUGAAUCUGAUACAGGGUUGUUGGUCCAAGAAAGAAAGAGGCCAAGGAAGCUGUCGCAUAAGGUGCUGGAAUGUACCAUAGAAGAAGUGUCUGUUGCUCAUACAAAGAUGAAGGAGCCAAAGCGACCCAGUGGAGUUACCUCAGAGGUGAAAAUGUUAGCCAAGAAAACUCAGGUUGAAUCUGUGAAAAAAGAGAAGCCUGUACCAAGCACAUCCUCUGCUCCUGCUGCUGCCCCCCAGCACUCAGAAAGCAAAGAUCUCCCCGUGGUCCUCACUCCAAACAGGCCUCCCAGCCCUCCAGGAUCUAAGACCCCCAAGCAGGAGGCCGAGGUGGAGGCCUGCAGCACUGAGGAGAAACAAAAUGUACACACUGGAACGCUAACUCCCAAACCUGAGGUGCUGUCUGUUAGUUUGAAUGACAACCUCUCUUCCCAAGUGGAUGUAAAAGGGAAAAUAGGCGCUACAUCCUUAAAGGAGAAUGUCUGUCAGGUGUGUGAGAGGACAGGAGACCUGCUGGUGUGUGACGGCCACUGUUACGGAGCCUUUCACCCGCUGUGUAUUGGCCUGUCAGCGGCUCCCAAGGGGAAAUUCCUCUGUCGUGAAUGCAACGCUGGUGUCCACACAUGCUUUGUGUGUAAGAAGUCUGAUAAUGGGGUAAAGCGCUGCAUCAUACCAUUGUGUGGGAAGUUCUACCACACAGACUGCAUAUUGGUGUACUCAGCGACCCAGCCACAUAACAAAGGCUUCCGCUGCCCUUUGCACGUGUGUCUGUCCUGCCACAUCACCAACCCUCUCAACAUCUGUAGCUCUAAAGGUAGGCUAGCUCGAUGUGUACGCUGUCCUGUGGCCUAUCAUGCUAACGACAACUGUAUGGCAGCAGGCAGCUUGGUGCUGGCAAACAACAGUUUCCUCUGUCCAAACCACUUCACUCCCCGCAAGGGCUGCAAGAACCACGAACACAUCAACGUUAGCUGGUGCUUUGUAUGCUCAGAGGGGGGUAGUCUGCUGUGUUGUGAGGCCUGUCCUGCUGCUUUCCAUCGGGAAUGUUUGAAUAUAGAGAUGCCUCAGGGCAGCUGGUUCUGCAAUGACUGCAAAGCUGGAAAGAGGCCUCGUAUUAAGGACAUACUGUGGGUCAAAUGGGGACGUUACAGGUGGUGGCCUGCAGAGGUCUGUCUGGCCAAAGAUGUCCCGAAUAACAUCUUGAGGAUGAAACAUGAGGUGGGAGAGUUUCCAGUGCAAUUCUUUGGCUCCAAAGAUUUUGUGUGGACGUACCAAGCCAGAGUCUUCCCCUACAUGGAGGGGGACACUCACAGCAUAGAGAAAAUGGGAAAGGGUACAGAUGCUGUGUACAAAAAUGCCCUGACUGAAGCAGCAGAGCGGUUCAGAGAGCUCCAGGCAGAAAAGGAGAUGAAGCAACUUCAGGAGGAAAGAAAAAGUGACAAGAAACCUCCUCCAUACAAGCCCAUUAAGGUAAACCGGCCCAUUGGGAAGGUGCAGAUCAUUACUGCCGACCUAUCGGAGAUCCCGCGUUGCAACUGUAAGGCGUCUGACGAGAACCCAUGCGGCAUCGACUCCGAGUGCAUUAAUCGCAUGCUGAUGUAUGAGUGCCACCCUCAGGUGUGUGCAGCAGGGGAGAGAUGUCAGAACCAGGCCUUCACAAAGCGCCAGUACACACCUGUGGAAAUUGUCAGGACGCUGUCCUGCGGCUGGGGUUUAGUUGGUGUGUCGGACAUCAAGAAGGGAGCCUUUGUGUGUGAAUAUGUGGGAGAGGUGAUCGAUGAAGAAGAAUGCCGAGCCAGGAUCAGACACGCCCAGGAGAACGACAUCUGUAACUUCUACAUGCUUACACUGGACAAGGACCGCAUCAUUGAUGCCGGGCCCAAAGGGAACCAGGCUCGCUUCAUGAACCAUUGUUGCCAGCCAAACUGUGAGACUCAGAAGUGGACUGUGAAUGGGGACACCAGGGUGGGGCUAUUUUCUCUACAAGACAUCCCAAAAGGUAUGGAGCUGAAUUUUAACUACAACCUGGAGUGUCUUGGCAAUGGGAAAACUGCCUGUAAAUGUGGAGCACCCAACUGCAGUGGUUUCUUGGGUGUCCGGCCAAAGAACCAGCUGUCAGCUGAGAAACUGAAACUGAAGGAAGGUAAGAGGAAGGUCCCGAUGAAGAAGAAGACCAAGCAAGAAGUGACCAAGGAGAGGGAAGACGAGUGCUUCAGCUGUGGCGACGGGGGCCAGAUAGUGUCCUGUAAGAAGCCGGGUUGCCCGAAGGUCUAUCACGCAGACUGUCUCAACCUGGCCAAGAGGCCUGCAGGGCGAUGGGAGUGUCCAUGGCACCAGUGUGACAUCUGUGGUAAAGAGGCAGCUUCGUUCUGUGAGAUGUGCCCCAACUCUUACUGUAAGGAGCAUCGUGAAGGCAUGCUCUUCAUCUCCAAGCUGGACGGGAAGCUGUCCUGCAGUGAACACGACCCCUGUGGGCCUGACCCACUGGAGCCGGGGGAGAUUCGUGAAUAUGUGCCCAACAUGACCUCCGUGAGGCCAGGGGCCAUGGCUGAGCCUGUCACUCUCUCGCAAGGCCCAGAUUCCAGAGGAGCCAGUUCUGCUGCCAUCACUUCCCCUGCUGGCCAGGCUGCGUCGGCCAGACAGGGGCCUCCUCCUCCUCCUCCUCGUCUCUAUAUCAACACAAAGACUGCUACCUCCAGCUUCGUCCCCUCCAGCAGGUCAUACCACACAGACAGGACUGAAGGGAGAGGGUUUUCCACUCCUACCUCCUCCAAGGAGGAGAGAGAGGACGGUGAGGUGGAGGACGGGGAGGUGUGUGGGUUAGAGAUGGAGGAGGUGGAAGACGACGAUGAAGAAGCGGAGGAGGAAGAGGACGACGACAUGGAGGAGAUGGAGAUAGUGGAAGAUGAGGAGGAUGAGCCGCUGUAUGGAGGUGAUCUUCUGGAGGAAGGUGAUGAUGACGAAGAGGAGGACGAAGGAGGGGAUGGGGAUGAUGCUUGGGGUGACUAUGUGGAUGAAGAUGCUGAUGCUGAUGAUGGGGAGGGGGAGGAGUGGGGGAGAGUAGAGGACGAUGACCAGUGACUCAGUCCACCCAUUGCUCACUACUCAGCAAAAACUCUCAAUAGACAUUCAAAGGACAACAAAGUUAGUGAAAGACGGAGAGAGUUUGGUAUUUUGGUACCUACCUGAACGCGACACUGCCUUCACUUUGGUUGCGCGUUGCCUUCUCAUCCCGAGGCUGCUGGACUGACAGUGGGGAUGUGUACUGGUGCUAAGGCUCGAGGACUGACUCAGUCCGUCUCUUUAUACUUCUGUCAAUGUUUAUUUGUGUCUGGUGCUGUUAUGUUCUUUUGUUUGUUCUCUCAACAUUGUUUACAUUAUUUGGCCUUUUUUUAGUGUUUGGAAUAUAAGAAAAAGGUGAGAAGUUUCACCUGACCAGUCAUCAUAAGGGCAUCUUAUGUUGUUGUUACUGUCUUAACUCGUCUUUCUAAGAGUGAUCCAAAUAGUGUUCUCACUGAUCCGUGUUACCGUUGGGCACAACAACACCUGCUUGGUGCUUCUGAGGAAUGCAAAAAUAAACCCACUGGAGUCCUAAAGACCUUCGAUGAUUCUUCUCACUACAAAAACAGCCUGUUCUUUCUUUGAUUUACAGUUUCUAUACACAGUGGGUCAGAGCUCAGGAUCGAAGGCCAGGGGAAAUAAAGUACUGUAAUGACAUUCUACAAUCUCUAAAUGCAUCACAGAUAUAACUAACAUUUGUUUUGCAUCCAUCACUUCUGUU